AUGAGUUCCGCCUCUGUGGACAGGGGCAAGCCGUUAACAGAAGAGCAGAUAGUGGAAGGAUUUCAGAAGCUGAGAUAUGAACAGAGAGCAAUAGCUAACAAAAUUACUGGGCUGGAAAUGGACCAGCGUGAACACAACAUGGUGAUCAAAGUCCUGAAAAAUGUGGAUUCCGAGCGCAAAUGCUUCCGCCUCAUCGAUGGUGUGCUUGUUGAACGCCAAGUUAAACACGUUCUUCCCGCUCUUGAGGCAAACGAGAAAAAGAUGGCCGAGGCGCUGGAGAUGCUACGUAGCCAGUUUGAAGAGAAAGGCAAGGAGUUGCAGGUGUACAAGGAAGAGAAUAAGAUCAAAAUCGCCGGUGAAGACUCCACAGGUCCCGGUGGUGGCGGCGGCGGCGGUGGCAACUCCGACGGCGAAGCUGCUGGCGGCAACGCUCCCGCCUCCUCUUCCGGCGUCCUUGUCACGUAG